GAGGCUAAUUAAUCCUCUUAAUUAAUUCCAGUGGGAGGGAGAAAGAGCGCCGGAGGGAGCGCGCUAUAAACUAACGCUCUCCCGUGCGUUCCCUUCUCCACGCUCGCGCGCAGUCCCGGAGGUGCGAGAGAGAGAGCGAACGAGAGAGAGAGAGAGAGGGAGAGAGACCUCGCGGCGGCGGCAGCGGCGGCGGCGAUGGCGCCUCCCCCGGCGAAGCUGGACGAGUUCGUACCCCACCCCGUUAAAGAGCAAUUUCCCGGCAUCGACUUCUGCAUCACUAGCCCUCCCCCAUGGCCGGAGGCCAUUGUUCUGGGAUUCCAGCACUAUCUGGUGAUGCUCGGCACCACCGUCCUUAUCCCUACGAUCCUCGUACCCCAAAUGGGCGGCGGCGACGAGGAGAAGGCAAGGGUGAUUCAGACGCUGCUUUUCGUUGCCGGGAUCAACACUUUGCUGCAGGGUUUCUUUGGGACCCGGCUUCCGGCUGUGAUUGGGGGUUCCUUCACUUAUCUCCUCCCCACCAUCUCUAUUAUUCUCAGCAGGCGCUUCAUUUUCAUCAUUGAUCCAUAUGAGAGGUUUGUGCAUACGAUGCGGGCGAUACAGGGGGCUCUGAUUGCUGCUUCCAGUUUUCAGAUAAUUGUUGGGUUCUUUGGCAUUUGGAGAAUCGUUAUAAGGUUUCUUAGCCCCCUUGCAGCAGUUCCCAUGGUGACUCUUGCCGCCCUUGGACUUUUCUACAUUGGUUUUCCCAAUUUGGCAAGAUGUGUUGAAGUUGGGCUCCCUGCACUUGUUCUGUUAAUAUUCUUCUCGCAGUAUGUUCCGCAUGCAAUUAGCAGAGGGAGAGUAUUCUUUGAUCGGUUUGCGGUGCUAAUUACCAUUGUAAUAGUCUGGGUUUAUGCGCAUAUUUUGACUGUGGCUGGUGCUUAUAAACAUAGGCCUCCAGCGACACAGUUUAGUUGCCGUACAGAUCGCUCUGGCCUAAUACGUGCCUCCGAAUGGAUAAAAGUUCCCUAUCCAUUUCAAUGGGGAGGUCCCACUUUUGAUGGAGGGGAUGUUUUUGCUAUGAUGGCUGCUUCCUUUGCUUCAUUAAUUGAGUCAACUGGUACUCUCAUUGCGGUGUCAAGAUUUGCAAGUGCUACACCUGUACCACCUGCCAUUUUUAGUCGGGGCAUUGGCUGGCAGGGAAUAGGUAUAUUGUUGGAUGGAAUGUUUGGUACUGCAAAUGGCUCAGCAGCAUCAGUUGAAAAUGCAGGUCUCUUGGGAUUGACACGAGUUGGAAGCCGGAGAGUUAUUCAUAUAGCAGCUUGUUUUAUGCUUUUCUUCUCCAUUUUAGGAAAGUUUGGAGCACUUCUUGCAUCAAUACCGUUGCCCAUUGUUGCUGCUUUGUACUGCAUACUCUUUGCCUAUGCUGCUUCUGCUGGGCUUGGCUUCCUUCAGUUCUGCAAUCUUAACAGCUUGCGGACGAAGUUUAUACUAGGCUUUUCUUUGUUUAUGGGCUUGUCGGUGCCAGAAUACUUCAAGGAAUAUGAAAUACUGGCUGGUUAUGGCCCAGCCCGCACUCGUUCAAGAGCAUUUAACGACAUUGUCAACGUGAUAUUUUCAUCACCUGCAACUGUGGCAGCUAUAGUUGCUUACUUCUUGGAUUGCACUCUCCUGCUUGGGGUAGCAUCCACAAGAAGGGAUAGAGGUUGGCAUUGGUGGGAAAAGUUCAGAUCUUAUAGAACAGAUCCAAGAAGCGAAGAAUUUUAUUCCCUCCCUUACAAUCUGAACAAGUUUUUCCCUUCGCUUUAAUUUGAGGAAAUCAAUAGUUUAUGACUUUGUCAAUUAUACAGAUAGAGGGCGAAAAGAAAAUCCAGAAUUUUUGGAAAAAUUUGAUGUGUAUUUUUUAUGCAAGAACAAAUUGGCCUUAUGAUGGGCAAAACAUGUUGAGGAUCAUAUUUUAUAGUCCACUACCUGGACAAAUUGCCAUAUGCACUAGUGAUCCUUGUAAUUAGGAGGCAUAGAUUUGUUCAUUGUCUGAAAUAUUGUAUGUUUUUAAGGCAACUGCGUUCAAAA